CGGGCCGGCAGCAGCAUGGGGUCGCGGAGGGCCCCCGGCCGCGGCUGGGGCUCGGGCGGACGGUCCGGGGCGGGGGGCGACGGCGAGGACGACGGGCCCAUGUGGAUCCCCAGCCCCGCCAGCCGCAGCUACCUGCUCAGCGUGCGGCCCGAGACCAGCUUAUCAAGCAACUGGUUGUCUCACCCCAGCUCUGGAAGGAGCACCUUCUGCUCCAUCAUUGCUCAGCUAACAGAGGAGACCCAGCCGCUAUUUGAGACCACUCUCAAGUCCCGGGCUGUGUCUGAGGACAGCGACGUUAGAUUCACCUGCAUCGUCACAGGAUACCCAGAGCCACAGGUGACCUGGUACAAGGAUGACACAGAGCUGGACCGCUACUGUGGCUUGCCAAAAUACGAGAUCACUCAUCAGGGCAACUGCCACACACUGCAGCUCUACAGGUGUCAAGAAGAAGAUGCCGCCAUCUACCAGGCCUCUGCCCAGAAUGCCAAGGGAAUUGUGUCCUGCUCGGGGGUCUUGGAGGUGGGCACCAUGACCGAGUACAAGAUCCAUCAGCGCUGGUUCGCCAAGCUGAAGCGCAAGGCUGCGGCAAAGAUGCGUGAGAUGGAGAAGAGCUGGAAGCACGGGAAGGAGGCCGUGGAAGAGGCCGACACCCUGCGCAAGCUUAGCCCCGACCGUUUCCAGCGGAAGCGGCGGCUGAGUGGGGCCGAGGUGCCAGUCCCCUCGGACCCCACCCGGGAGGUCGAGAAUGGGACACCGGUGGCUUGGCAGGAGGGAGAGACGGAGCCUGGUCAGCACCCAGGUUUGGGCCUGAUCAACACUUUUGCUUCUGGAGAGGUGACCACCAAUGGGGAGGCUGCCCCUGAGAACGGGGAAGCUGGGGAGCAUGGCCUGUUGACAUACAUCUGUAAGGCCAUGGAGCUGGGGCCUCAGAGAGCCCCCCAAAAGGAGUCUGGGGCCAAGAAGAAAAAGAAAGAUGAGGAACCUAAGCAAGGUGUGCGGAAGCCAGAAGUAGAGAGGGCAGCUCGAAGCCACCGUUCCUCUGAAAACUGUGUCCCCAAUUCAGACAAGCCUGACUCCUGUGGGACACAGGGGCCCAUGGACAUGGAGCAGGUUCAGACCCAACCCAGGGGCAGGGCCGCACAAGGGCCUGUAUCCUCUGGAGCAGAUGGCACCAGGAAGCCAGCCUCUGCUGUGGGUACUCAAGACCAGGCCCAGAAUGCCCCUGUCCCAGGCCCAGACCAGGAAGUGUAUUUCUCCCUGAAGGACAUGUAUCAGGAGAGCACCCAGACAGACAAGCCUCAGGGGGAGGGGGCCCAGACCCCCAGUGUGAGGACACCUGGAGAGAUGCCCUCAGGGAAGGUAUCCAGCAAAGCCAGAGGUGAGAGGGAGCCUGCUGUCCCUGGCCAGCCCACGCCCUCAGCCCCCGAGCAGACUAGGCCCUUCAACAGGAAGAGAUUUGCUCCUCCGAAGCCCAAAGGGGAGCCCACCACCAGCUGCAAGCCUGAUUCUUCCCCAAGUCAAGAUUCAGAACCUGGGGCUCAGAGCUCAGGGAAGGCCCCACCUCAGGCCUCUGCCCAAGUGCCCACACCCCCCGCCCGGCGGAGACACAGCACCCAGGAUAGCCCCCUGCAGGGGCAAGCAGGCCACAGGACUCCAGGAAAGGUCCAGGAGUCCCAGGCAACCAUGGCUCCUACCACAUUGGCCAGCAGCAACUCUGAGACGGUCUCUGCUGGUUGCAUCACCUCCAGAAGUCAGGACAUCAUUGAGCCUAUGGACACAGAAACCCAGGAGGACAGGAGAGCAUCUGCUGAUCAGAACUCUGGAGGCAAGAAGAAUACAGAGGUGGAUAGGAAGAUGCGGGUGGAUGGCAGGACGCAGGGAGUCGGAACACAAACCACCCAGAGGACACAGGCAGUUAGGAAGACACAGGUGGAUGUUGUGACACAAGAAAGUGAGAGGUCAGAGUCAGGCAGGAAUUCCCAGGAGGACGUGAUGGCACAGGGCAAGGUGGGGACCCAGGCAGAUGAGAGGACACAGGCAGACAGAAGGGUGCAGGAAGACAAGGGGACAUGGUCAGAGGGGAGCAUUCCCACAGCCAUGAAACGUUGGUCAGAGAAGGCGUCCAUGACCGGUAUCAGCCCACAGUCCAGGGCCCCCAAACGCCCACCUUCAGAGGAUCCUAGGUCCCCUCAGAUUAUUGAGUGCUUUGAACAGACCCCAGAAGAGUUCUCCAUCCCAGACAAACCUGAUUUUAUGCUCAGAUCUGACGAGGCAGCAGGAGCAGCCUCCGGGAACCGUGAGGAAACUGGGCCGGGUCCCCUGGCGGGGGGCCUCACGCGCAAGGCACAGCUGCCUCCUGAGGGCAGUUUGGAGCAGGUGGGAGGAGAGGGAUGUCGAGGGCCGGAGCAGUCGGGUCCAGUUAAGGACAAGCCCGAGGAGGGCCUGUCCCAGGGCCCCAAGCAGGAACAGCCGGGAGAAGUGCCGCCUGUGGAUCUGGGUGGCUGUCCUCCAGCGGGCCUGAGCCCCCAGGUGCCCACUCUGCCCUCUCUUCCUGGGGCUAGCCUGACUGAUAACUCACAGCAGCGGCUGCCCAGCACCCCGGCUUCUCAGCACAUGAGCACAGCUGCCUUCCUACCCUCUGGGGACAAGGCCUCGCUGAGUUCUGCCCCCCAACUGCACCUGGGGCCGGGCACCCCCAGCCAGAGUCACCCGCCAGGAACCAGGGCAGCAGACGCUGAGGGGGCCAGUGCCAAGGUGCCCGGUGUGGAAGGGAGGACUUCAGGCCCCCAGACCUGUGACCCUGGCCUCAUAGACUCCCUGAAGAGCUACUUGCUCCUGCUGCUGAAGCUAUCCAGCUCAGAGACGAGUGGCGAGGGCCCAGGGGCCCAGGGGGAAGCUGCUGCUGGGGAUCAGGCACCCUCACCCUCUCUGGCCCCCACCGUGGAAGUGGCCGGUCUGAGUCCCCGGACGUCACGGCGCAUCCUGGAGCGUGUGGAGAACAACCGUCUGGUGCAGAGUGCGCAGACCCUGCUGCUGAGCCCCUGUACCUCCCGCCGCCUCACAGGCCUCCUGGACCGAGAGGUGCAGGUUGGUCGUCAGGCCCUGGCUGCUGCCCGGUGCGCUGGCCCCAGCCCCCUCUCUGUCCCUGCCAUCGUGGUAGGUGAGGAGGAGGGCCCCAGGCUGGCCUCAGGAGGAUCCAGUGAGGGUGAGGGAGAGGUUUCCCUUGAGGGGCCUGGCCUCCUGCAGACCUCCCAGGAGAGCGGCAUGGGUGGGCCGCUGGGGGGCGUGGGUGGGCAGGCAGCCCCUGGGCAGGGACUGCUGUCAGCAGAGAGCAGAGCCCAGGAACCCUUCCGAGAGGAGGAGAUCCCAGGGGAAGCUCUGACAGAUCUCCCCGCAGCUACACCCGAGGAACUGGCUCUGGGGGCCCGGAGGAAGAGGUUUCUCCCUAAGGUCAGAGGAGCAGGAGACGGGGAGCCAACCAAGCCGGAAGAAAGGGAAAGCCCCUCGGCUUCCCCCCGGGGGCCCCGGAAGGGCCUUGCCCCUGGGCCCCUAGGGAGUCCAGGGCGGGAGAAACGCUCUCCUACUCAGGGCAGAAAGGCAGGCCUGCUGGAGGUGCCGCGGGCAGAGGAGGAGCCGGCAGCCGGGGCCCUGGGCUCCAGCCCCAGAGCCAGCGACCUGGAAGCAGAGCUGGCCCUGGAGGAAGGCAAGCAGGGCACUCCGGCCAAGCCAAGGAGAGCCAAAGACCUGCUAAAAGCCCCACAGGUGAUCCGGAAGAUUCGGGUGGAGCAGUUUCCUGAUGCCUCGGGCAGCCUGAAGCUCUGGUGCCAGUUUUUCAACAUUCUUAGUGACUCAGUCUUGACAUGGGCCAAAGAUCAGCGCCCAGUGGGCGAGGUGGGCAGGAGUGCAGGGGAUGAGGGGCCAGCGGCCCUGGCCAUCGUGCAGGCGUCCCCCAUAGACUGUGGCGUGUAUCGAUGCACCAUCCACAACGAGCACGGCUCGGCCUCCACUGACUUCUGCCUCAGCCCCGAGGUGCUGUCAGGAUUCAUCUCCAGAGAAGAAGGUCAAGUUGGAGAAGAGAUUGAGAUGACCCCCAUGGUGUUUGCUAAGGGUCUGGCUGACUCUGGCUGCUGGGGGGACAAGCUCUUUGGGCGCCUGGUGAGCGAGGAGCUACAAGGGGGUGGACACGGGUGUGGCCUUCGGAAGGCCUCCCAGGCCAAGGUCAUCUACGGGCUGGAACCCAUCUUCGAGUCAGGCCUCACGUGCAUCAUCAAGGUGUCCAGCCUGCUUGUGUUUGGGCCCAGCAGUGAGACUUCUCUCCUGGGCAGAAACUAUGACGUCACCAUCCAGGGGUGCAAGAUCCAGAACAUGAGUCGAGAGUACUGCAAAAUCUUUGCGGCUGAAGCCCGGGCUGCACCUGGCUUUGGGGACGUGCCUGAGAUCAUCCCACUGUAUCUGAUCUACCGGCCUGCAAACAAUAUCCCAUAUGCUACCCUGGAGGAGGACCUGGGCAAGCCCAUGGAGUCUUACUGUUCCCGGGAAUGGGGCUUUGCUGCGGCUUCAGCAGCAUCUAGCAGCUCUGAGGCCGUGCAGAAAUGCCAGACCUUCCAGCACUGGCUGUACCUGUGGACAAAUGGCAGCUUCCUUGUCACAGAUUUGGCAGGGGUUAACUGGAAAAUGACUGAUGUGCAGAUUGCUACCAAACUGCGAGGAUACCAAGGCCUCAAGGAGAGCUGUUUCCCUGCCCUGCUGGACCAGUUUGCCUCUUCCCACCAGUGCAACAGCUUCUGUGAGAUGCUGGGGCUAAAACCUCUCAAGGGCCCUGAGGCUGCCCACCCCCAAGCCAAGGCCAAAGGCUCCAAGAGUCCAUCUGCCGGCAGGAGGGGCCCCCAGCUGAGUCCUCAGCCACAGAGGAAAGGCCCCCCCAGUCCCCAGGGCACCCAGAAGAGUGCCUCAAGCUCCAAGGCCACCCCUCAGGCCUCAGAGGCAGUCGCCACCCAGUUACUGGGACAGCCUCCCAUCCAAGAUGGAGGCUUCAAGGCCCAGGGCAUGCGGUAG